AUGGCUUCCUGCGACAAAAUCCUUGACGCAUUUGCAUUAUGUAUGACUCGGUCACAUCGAGCCAAAACAGAUUCCAUUUUAUUUGCCAAAGCAGAACCUCUCUCUCUCUCUCUCUCUCUCUCUCUCUCUCUCUCUCUCUCUGGCACACUAUCUCCCACUCCCUGUCUAUCUCUUCGUCUCUAUAUUUAUCUCUGUAUUCUCUUUUUCCCUUGCCCUCUUUCUCUUUCGUCUAUACUUCAUCCUUUUCUCCAUAUUUCUCACAUACCUCUCUCUAGCUUUCAUUCAUUCCUACCUUUCUUUCUGUCUUUCUUUUUUCUUUCUUUCUUUCUUUUCUGCUCUUCAUCUGUCAUUCUCCCUUCUUCUUUCACUUCUACUACUACUACUACUACUGCUACUACUAAUAAUAAUAAUACUUCUUCUUCUUCUUCUUCUUCUUCUUCUUCUUCUUCUUCUUCUUCUUCUUUCUGUCUCUCUGACUUUCUCCCCCUUUCUCUCUGUUUUUGUUUUCCUUUUUUCCGUUUAAUUUUUUCAUUAUUUUCUUUCCUUUUAUUUUUAUUAUUUCUCUUCCUUUUCGAUCUUUCUCAUUUCCUUUUAUUUUUCUUUCUUUCUUUUUGA